CGCCGCUAGCCAGGGGCCUCGCGAGGGGGGGGGAGGAGGAGGAAGAGGAGGCGGCGGUGGUGGCAGCAGCGGCGGCGGCAGCAGCAGCAGCAGCAGCAGCCGGGGAGGAGGAAGGAAGAGUCAGAGCCUGCUGCGCCCGCCCCUCCCUCGCUUGGGUGUGUACAAGAGGAGCCAGCAGUGAUCGUCGCCCUGAAGAAGGGGUCGGAUCUGGAUCCCUACGAGUUACUUUCCAGGAGCAGCUGUCGGGCCCUCUAGGGAGGCGAGAAAGCGACUCUCUUUAAGGAGCUUUAUGCAGUAAAAAUCUGCCGAUGAGUCCCACAUGCAAUUUGCCAACGUAAGGCCAGCUGCUGUUUCUGCUGCUGCCGUCCCGAUUGCUGAGGAGGGAAGCACUCUUCACCCCCACCUGCCGCGGCCGUUUCCAUUACCUGCCUGUGGGGCAGUCUUGCCAUGUGGGGCUAGGAGAGCUGCAGCGAUUUUCUGCAGUAUUAAGCAGUAAAUAUGGAGGCUGCUUGCAAAACAGAUGGCGGGGAGCAGAGUCAUCCCAGCAGCGGCGUGGAGGCUCCUGGGGACGCUUCUAUGGACAGUUACUUGCGAUCUCAGGGUUUAUAUAGAAAGCGGGUUGCCAAGGAUGGAUCCUGUCUUUUCAGGGCUGUAGCCGAGCAGGUGUUACACUCACAAUCUCUGCAUAUUGAUGUUAGGAACGCCUGUAUAAAUUAUCUUCGGAAAAACAGAGAAAAAUUUGAAGCAUUUAUAGAGGGGCCAUUUGAAGAGUAUUUAAAAUGUUUGGAAAACCCACAGGAGUGGGUUGGACAAGUGGAAAUAAGUGCCCUUUCUCUUAUGUACAAGAAGGAUUUUAUAAUAUAUCAGGAACCAAAUGCUUCUCCUUCACGUGUAACUGAAAAUGGCUUUCCUGACAAGAUACUACUGUGUUUUUCAAAUGGAAAUCACUAUGAUAUUGUUUAUCCUAUAGAGUAUACAGAAAGAGCUGCUUUGUGCCAAUCUCUUCUUUAUGAAUUGCUGUAUGAAAAAGUGUUUUGUACUGAUGUGAAUAAAAUCCUAGUGGAACUUGGUGUGACAGAAGAAAAUAAUGGUAGCAGUGAAGUGUCUGAUUCAGAUUCAGAAGACGACAACUGCAAAAGUAAAACUGCUGCAGUUAAUGAUAUGAAUGGAUUAAAGUCUUUUUCUGGCAACAAGCACCUUAAGAACAAUGGAAAUCCUAUCUCAUUUUUGCCUAGAAAAGUUCUUAAAUCACUCAAUCCGUCAUUUUACAGAAAUGUUGAAUAUGAAGUUUGGCUACAGUCAAAAGAGGAUCAGCAAAAACGGGAUUUUUCCAUUGCUGCUGGCAUGCAAUAUUCAAUUGGAGAUAAAUGUAAAGUGCGCUUAGACCACAAUGGGAAAUUUUAUAAUGCCCAUAUCCAAGAGGUUUGCUCUGAGAAUGGGCCAGUUAUUGUUUUUGUAGAAGAGCUUGGAGAAAAGCAUUCUGUUUCACUGAAAAGCCUUAAACCACUUCCACAGGCAUCUCCUAUGGAGGGCUGGAAUACUGUGUCAGGGAAGAAGAUAAAAAAGUUCUCUACAGCAUGUGGGCAAAAUGUUCAGCCUGAAGCAGACUGCAGAGGGCCAAAGAAUCAAAGCAAGCCAAUAAAAACCCAGUCAGUGCUACCUCCUCGGCAACAGUAUGCUGUGGGAACCAGACAGCAUCAGUUCUCACAGUCUCAGCAGACAUCUACUGAGCACAAAACUCCAGGCAGGAAUCCCUCCCAGUCUGUAAGAAAACCAGACCGGGAGAGAGCUGAAGAUCUAGACUACACUAGCAGAGAUUGUAACUACUUUGGCCUGUCUCCAGAGGAACGCAGAACGAAGCAGGCCAUAGAAGAAUCUCGCUCACUUUAUGAGAUUCAGCAAAGGGAUGAACACGCUUUUCCUGCUCUUUCUAACCAUUUAGUUUGUCAGGCUGCUAUGCAGACUGCUGAUACUUGCGUGAAGAUCCGAGCUGUUAAUGAGAAAAGAAACAGCAGGUGGAAGGCAAAUGUGGAAGAGCGAAAGGAUAAAGAUUCAAAUUCCAGGCAGGUCCACUUCAGUCAGAAGUUUGAGUCAAAUUCAUCUGAGAAGAAUGGUGGAGAUACCAAGUAUCCAAAAGCUUCAUCUCCUUUGAAACAAGGAAAGACACAAUCUCAAUCUCCUGCUGAACAAAAACUGACAGCAUGCUUACCAUGUGUAAAUCCAACUCCCCCUCCUGCCUUCUCUGAGGUGCAUUUGCCUCCUACAGUGCCUUCUAUUCCAGCCAUUGUGCCAGCUUGGCAAAAUGAGCCAACUUAUCGACCAACAGGUAUUCCAACCCAAAUACCUGUUUCUUCAUUGAUGCCGGCCCCGACAACUGGACCUGAUUCUGUUGUAUCCCAGGCAACAUCUGCUCCAGUUGCCGGAGUUCCUGUGUCAAUACAAGCAGUUAACCAGCCUUUGAUGCCUUUGCCUCAGACACUGAAUCCUUAUCAGGACCCAUUGUUCCCUGGAUUCCCUUUUAAUGAAAAGGGGGAGAGAGCCAUUGCACCACCUUAUUCCCUGUGUAAUACUGGGGAUGAUCUACCUAAAGAUAGAAGUAUUCUUCGAUUUUUCUUUAAUCUUGGUGUGAAGCAGAGAGACCAGAGAUUGAAUGGAUCAUGGGGAUGGAGCUCUGAGACUCCUAGAAGUGGUCCAUCUAUGUCAAUGGCAUACAGCUGUCCCAUGUGGGCACCACAUUCUUAUUUGUACCCUCUGCAUCAGGCUUAUGUAGCUUCUUGUAGAAUGUACCCAAAAAUUUCAGUUCCUGUGUAUCCUCACAACCCUUGGUUCCAAGAGGCGCCACCAACUCAGAAUGAAAAUGAAAUGGCACAAACAAACAGACACUUUCCUAUGCAGAAUGAGGCCAGAUCCGAUGAUCAGAGUCUGCAAGUUGACACUAGGUCUCCAUCAUUGCCUCUGAUUAUAUCUACAGCUCAGGUGUCAGAAAGUCAAAGACAGGUCUGUGUAGAAUCCGAGAACCCAGUGCAAGCUCUUCAGUCAGAUCAAGAUGAGUCGGUGAGAGGAAAAAACAUGUUCCUGCACCCUCCAUUUGGACACAAUCAAUUUUUAGGAGCUGUUCCAAUAGCACCUCCUUUUUUCCCUCACUUUUGGUAUGGGUGCCCAUUUCAGGGUUUUAUGGAAAAUUCAGUAGUGAGACCUAAUGUUAUGUCACCUGAGGACAAAGGGGCAGCUGUUAGCCCCUUAGCAAAUAUAUAUCUGGCUGAAGAAUGCAGUUCUCCAGUUCCAGUAACAAGUUGUGUGGAGCAUCUUCGGAAGGUAGUGAGUGAAAGUAGCUCCAGUGCCAUACCUCUCCCUGUGGCCAGUUUGAGCAGCGAAUCUGAUGUCCUGGAUGAAACCUCAGCCAGGAUGCCGAAGAUGGAGCAAAUAUGUACUGCUGUUUCUCCUGCUAAACAAGUGAAGGCUGCACUACAGAAUCAUUCUACACAGAUGCAGGGGAUCGAGAGGCAGACACUGGUGUCACAUGCUUCACCAUCAGUAACAGAGCCACCAAAAAAUGAAAUGAAAAGUAAUAUUCCCGGUCAUAAGGAAAAGCCAGAGAAAGCCAGAGAUGCCAAGGCUACUGAUAAUUUACAGGCCAACUUGGUAGAAAGCAGGACACACAGAGCAAGGGAAGAGAGCUCUGAAGAUGAAAAUGAGGUGUCUGAUAUGUUGAGAAGUGGUAGAUCCAAGCAAUUUUAUAAUCAGACUUAUGGCGGUGGCAGAAGGCCAAGAAAUGAAUGGGGCUACCCUUCUAGUCGGGGAGGAUACCAGUACCCAAGAAAUGAAGAAGCCUGGAAAGGACCACCGAACAGAAGCAGAGAUGAAGGUUACCAAUAUCACCGAAAUUUUAGAGGGAGGCCAUAUAAAAAUGAUAGAAGAAGGGCAAUCAUGGGAGAUAAUCAGAGGGGGCAUCUAGCAUAGGCAUGUCUUAUUGGAAAGUUUCAAAUGCCAAUACAAAUUUCAAGGAGAGACAUCUAAAAUCUUCCCAGUUUUUUUUGUUUUGUUUUAAGAUAGGGUACACUUGUAACCUCAAAGUAAGGCCUGGGGGAAACGAACUCCUAGUCCUAGCGUUAAGUUUCUUGGCAAUUUAAAUAUUAAGUUUUUUGGUUGAGGAAUUUUUUCCAAUUUCUGGAAGUAGAAAAUAAAAUUGUUUUAAAGUAUAAAAACAAUACAGUUCAAUAUUGAACUUUUUUCCAUAGAGGUUUGAGUUUGUGAUACAAUAAAAUGUUUACUGGAAUGAUACAAAUAUAGUAUUUGACAUGAUCUAGGUUCUAAAACUGAUGGUAGUGUUGCACCAAAUAUAAAUGUAUAUUUUAUCAUACAAUGCCUUAGUUCUAAACUGAGCUAAAGGAAUUUUCAGCCUACCGCACUGUUGUCUUUGACAUGCUUCCAACCCAAAGGCCUUUCAUCUCAAAAUCUGUCAAACUUGAAUGUUUCUCUUUAGUGUGUUACAUCUAUGGCAGUCAGCUAACUGUGUCUUAGAUAUGUUGUAUAUAGUUCUUUUAAUAUUCAUAGGGUAUAUUUUUUUGAAUUUUAAAAAGCAUUUGUUGAAAUCAAAAUUGAGACAAGCAGUCAAGAAUAGCUGUGUGUGCAUUGAUAGAAAAUUCAGUGGAAUGGCUGUUUCCACCAAGAAUUCUUAACACUGGUGUGACUAUAAUGGUGCCUAUGCCAAUUAAAUAUUUACAAAGACAAUAAAAAAUGUAGAUGCUAUGCAUUUCCAAAAUAUUCUGCAUCUGUUAUAAUAGCAGAAGUUUUUUAAUGCCACUUUAACACUAAUGCACUGACAAAUCCUAAAUAUUUUGUGAGCAGAAAUGCAUAAAAUACAAGUUACAUUUUUUUUAAGUUUGUAUGAUGAGCUACUGUUCAGCUUUUUUGUUGUUGCACUGUUGAUGCAAAUUGGUUACGCUUUUGCAUGUACAAUUCAUUGCUGGAACUCCUUUUUAAAAACAAGAUGUGGUUUUCAAAAUAUAUUCUCUAGAGUUCAGAAGAAAGCGGCUUCUGCCUUAUAUUUUUACACUGUGUGUCAGAGUUCUGAUUGCUGUUUCUUCUGACUCUUAAAGAUGAUCUUUGCAGUGUUCCUGAUUAUUGCCUUUGCAGUUGGGAUAUUCAGCUAUCCAAACUCGAGAGUGCAGUGUGCACACUAUUCACUCAGCUCUGUUGCUUUGUAAAAUUAACAGUUGUGUAUAUUUUUAUAUCUCUGUAUAUACCAGUGUAAAAGGUGAUCGUGCCCUUUUAUUCAUGUCUAUGAGAUUGUAUACCUUUGAUCAGGAAACUUGAGUGAUACUGUUAUAUAUAUGACGAAGCAAUUCUUUUCAGAUGCAUGCCAUGUAUAAAACACCUAAUUAAAAAUAAAUGUUUGUCCUUUCA